GUCGUCCUUCUGCUACUGUUUGCCCAAAUAGACCGCCAAAAGACAGCAACCGAAACCGGCUCACGAAAGUGCAGGGAGCUGUUUUCUGCCAUGGAGGCUAUUGCUCCUCCUCUCGACAAUCAAGCACGGCCCAACGAUCAGUUUCUCCAACCUCCUGUAACCCCAAAGGUGUUCGCCCUGGAUAUCGGUGGUUCCCUUGCAAAACUUGCCUAUGAACGCACCUACCGGUACAAACGGUCGGUACCNCAAAUCGAAGAGUGCUUAGAGUUUAUCAGGGAAAAUAUUCUACAAGCUGAUGGGGCAGAUGCUUCUCAGCGUGGUGAUAUGACUGGAGGUGGAGCUUAUCGAUUUAAGGAUUUAAUUACACGUACUCUUGGAGUGGAGUUGAACAAAGAGGAUGAAAUGGAGUGCUUGAUACGUGGCUGUGUAUUCAUGCUGCGCAAUAUCCCAGAUGAAUUGUUCUACUACGAUAAACACGCAACUCCCGCUCACGUAUUCGUUUCGAACUGUCUUGUUGAUACAUUCCCAUUUCUGCUGGUCAAUAUCGGGUCUGGAGUAAGCAUUUUAAAGGUGGAAAGUCCCACAUCUUAUUCUCGUGUUGGUGGGACAUCAAUUGGGGGUGGCACCUUCUGGGGUAUUGGAAGCAUGUUGUCCGGAGGUGACUUCGAUCAGUUGCUCAGGCUGGCUGAUCAGGGAGAUCACCGGAAAGUGGACAUGCUUGUCCGAGACAUUUAUGGUGGAGACUAUGCUGCGUUAGGCCUACAUGCCGAUGUCAUAGCCAGUUCGUUUGGUUUGGCCGCUCGAUCUCCCGAACAGCCACGCUGUUUGGCCGACGCGAUCAAAUCGCUCUUGAUCACUGUGAGCAAUAACAUUGGUCAACUGGCUUGCUUGUAUGCUAAACAACACAAUCUUACGCGAAUCCUGUUCGGUGGAUUUUUCAUUCGGGGUCAUGGUCUAACGAUGGAAGUAAGUUCCGACUCCCUUUCUCUAGUUCACACUGCGCAUCUGGGGGAGUUGAAAAACUACAUAUAA